AUGCCGCCAUCUAACCAGGGCUGGCCGGAGGACUUUGGCUUCCGCCUGGGCGGUGACGGGCCGAGCUACAUCCUGUCCGUGGUGGAGGGCAGCAGUGCCCACAUGGCCGGCCUGCAGCCGGGGGACCAGGUGCUGGAGGUGGACGGCCAGAACGUGUCCACGCUCAGCCCCCAGGCCCUCGUCGCCCUGGCCAAGACCAUCAAGACCGUGCCCCCCAGCAUAGGGGUGGUGUCCCGCAUAGAACAGAUUGACAUCAUCCCGGGGCCCGACGGCCGCUUCGGCUUCACCAUCGUGGGCGACAGCCCCCUGCUGGUGGAGGACUGCGCUCCCAGCUCCCCGGCGGGCCGCAGCGGCCUGCGGGCGGGCGACUACGUGAUGGAGGUGAACGGGCUGCCGGUCAAGCAGCACGAGAUGGCGGCGGCCAUGAUCAAGGCCUCGCAGGGCCGCACGCUGCGUCUGGGCGUGCUCAGCAUCAACCGCUGGCAGCGCCGCUCCGCCAGCGCCAGCAUGAAGGAGGCGGCGGCCCACGCGGCCGCCAACGCCGCCGCAGCCAACGCGGCAGCAGCAGCAGCGGGCAUGACCACCCCGAUCAACAUGGGCACCCCGGGCAGCGCUGUGGCUGGCGCCGGGCCCGUCACCCCGCCACACAUUAGCGGGGAUAGCGUGCGCCAGGACCGCAAACACAAAGCCCAGGAGUUCAAUAAGAAGGUGGAGGAGAUCCUGGGGGACGAGCCGGAGGUGAAGGAGCGCCUGUUCGACGUGCUGAAGCAGUACGCCACCGAGAGGGACGUGGAGAACCUGGCCUGCAUCCUGCCCGAGAUCCUCAUCACCGAGGAGCAUCAGCAGCUCAUCGAGAGCGUCAGGAUCUUCAUCCCCAAGAAGCACCGGCAGCGCUUCGACGAGGUGGUGUCCCAGAGCCUGAUCAGCCGGCUGCGCGGACGCAGCUUCAGCGAGCACCGGCACAACCGGCUGCGCCGCAGCCGCAGCGAGGACCACCCCGAGCGCCUGCUGGUGUCCACGCGCGCCAGCUCCGUGCCACGCACCGCCCACGAGGAGGGCCUGCCCCCGGCCUCGCGCGGCCUCCGCAAGACCACCUCGCUCAUCGCCGGGCACGCCAGCGCCGCCUCCAACGCCAACCGCAGGACUGUGCGGGUGUACAAAGGCAACCAGAGUUUUGGCUUCACCUUACGAGGUCAUGCUCCAGUCUGGAUCGACUCUGUCAUCCCAGGUAGCCCGGCCGAGCAGGCAGGCCUGAAGCCUGGAGACCGCAUCUUGUUCCUCAAUGGACUGGACAUGAGGAGCUGCUCCCAUGAGAAGGUGGUGUCCAUGCUGCAGGGCAGCGGCGCCAUGCCCACGCUGGUGGUGGAGGACGGGCCGCCCAUGUUCGUGCUGCCCGACCCCGACCUCAUGCCUCCGGGCGGCGCCUCCCCCCAGGGCCGCUCCCGCUCCCGCUCGCCCGUGCUCACCUCCCUGCAGUGGGUGGCCGAGAUCCUGCCGCCCAGCAUCCGCGUGCAGGGACGCACCUUCAGCCAGCAGCUGGAGCACCUGCUCACCCCGCAGGAGCGCUACACCAUCUGCAAGGCCCUGGAGGCCUUCUUCCAGCACAGGAAUGUGGACACUUUGAUUGUGGACGUGUUCCCUGUGCUGGACACGCCGGCCAAGCAGGUGAUCUGGCAGUUCAUCUACCAGCUGCUGACCUACGAGGAGCAGGAGCACUGCCAGACCAAGAUCUCUCGCUUCCUGGGCUACAGAGUCACAAGUGCGUACGCCAUCCUGGGAGUGCCCGCUGUAGAGCCUGAGCCGGCCCCGGAGCCCCACCGGCGCAGCAGCUCCAUGAAGGUGACGGGCACCACCUACAGGAGCAGCGUGAGAGGACGCAGCUCAGACGACCUGGUCAUCGGCACUCACCUGGGCAUGGGCAUCCGCACGGAGCCUGUGGAAAUGGGCAUGAGGCUGGCGCCCGGCGAGAGGCAGUCUGGAGACGGCACUUCCCUCCCAGAGACGCCCAACAACCUGACCAACCUGUCCGCCGUGUACGCCGAGCUGGAGAACGCGUACGCCGGGAAGCGCUCAAAGUCCCUCAAGAGCCGCCCUCCGCCGGCCCCCGACACUCUGAUGGGCGUGGACCCCUUCACACACGCCCCCUCUCCAUCCAUGCGGACAACCUCAGGCAGCAGAAAGCACCACUCCCCCCGUGAGCAGCAGCUGCAGCAGCCCCAGCCCUGGUCCGAGCCGCUGCCCGAGCCCCAGUACUACCCCCCGGUGCUGCCCACGCAGACCAGCGGCGAGUCCAACCCCUACAUCAGCCUGGACAGCCCUCCGCCCUCGCCGCCCGACUUCGCCCCCAGCCCGCCGCAGCGCCUCCGCAAGCGCUACACCUUCUCCCGGCCGCCGCGCACCGUCGACACCGAGCGCUUCCUGGAGGCCCUCAGCCAGCAGAUGGGCCAGCCGGCCGUCGGCCCCGACGACUUCCUCUCCCCCGAGAACGACUACGAGGAGGUGAGUGAGGGCGAGGAGGGAGGCGUCUUCCUGCCCCCGGAGUUGAGCAGUGCCAGCGAGCUGCACAGCGGCCCCAGCAGUGAGGACGCCAGCUCGCUCACCUACUCCUCCGGCUCCGAGCCCAUCCCACCACCCCCCCUCACCCCCCCUCCUCCGCCGCCCGUCCACCAUCAGCCGCACCCGUCCAGCCAGCAGGCCCGCCAGAGCCCCCAGCCCCAGGCCAUGGCCCAGGCCCAGGCCCAUCACCACGCCCAGGGGCAUCACCCGGAGCUGGAGCCCCCUCCUCCCCCGCCCCCUCCCCCGCCCUGCGGGCCUCCGCCGCUGCCCCGCCAGCCCACCCUGGACAGUCACAUGAGCGUGAAGCGUCUGCGCUGGGAACAGGUGGAGAACUCCGAGGGCACCAUCUGGGGACAGAUGGGGGAAGAUUCUGAUUUUGAUAAGCUGAGUGACAUGGUGAAGUAUCUCGACCUUGAAUUGCACUUUGGAACUCAAAAGACUCCAGAGCCUGUGCCUCAGCCCGAGACCUUCAAGAAGAAAGAUAUUGUGGAGAUCCUCUCCCACAAGAAGGCCUACAACGCCUCCAUCUUGAUCGCCCACCUGAAGCUGUCUCCGAUGGAGCUCCGUCAGGUGCUGAUGACCAUGGCCACCGAGCGGCUGGAGUCGGCGCACAUCAAGCAGCUGCUGCUCUACGCCCCGGACGAGGAGGAGGUCAGGAAGUACGAGCUCUACAGGCAGGAGCCCAGCAAGCUCAGCGAGCCGGACCAGUUUGUGUUGCAGAUGCUGUCUGUUCCCGAGUACAAGACCCGUUUGCGGAGCCUGUUCUUCAAGACCACCCUGCAGGAGAAGACGGAGGAGAUGCGGGGGGCCUACGAGUGCGUCUACACGGCCUCCGUGGAGCUCAAGACAAGCAAGAAACUGGCCAAGAUCCUGGAGUUUGUAUUGGCUAUGGGGAAUUACUUGAACAACGGCCAGCCCAAGACUAAUAAGACCACUGGGUUUAAAAUCAAUUUUCUCAAUGAGCUCAGCACAACCAAAACUGUGGAUGGGAAGUCCACCUUUCUGCACAUUCUCGUCAAGUCACUUUAUCAACACUUCCCAGAGGUGCUGGACUUUGCCAAGGAACUGACAACAGUGCCCCUGGCAGCCAAAGUGAAUCAGAGGAACAUCACCUCUGACCUCAAUGACCUGCACGGCACCAUCCAGGAGAUCCGCGCGGCCUGUCAGAAGAUGCCAGCCACGCCCGAGGACCGCUUCGCUGUGGUCAUGAGUGGCUUUCUGGAGAACUCUCACCCAGCGGUGCAGUCGCUGGAGUCCCUGCAGCAGAGGGCCAUGGAGGAGUUCUUCCGCGUCGCCUCCUUCUUCGGCGAGAACAGCACGGCCACCACCGUCGACGGUUUCUUUGGCAUCUUCGCCGACUUCAUGUCCAAAUUUGAGAGGGUGUUGAGUGAGAGCCAGGCACCAGAGAAUCCUCCACGGAGUCCCCGAAGCCCACGCGUAGCCUCGCCUCUCGCCUGGUGAUGGGUGCCAGCCAUACAUGUACACAC